AUGGCCCAAGCAGCUGGUGGGGGGCCGGGGACCCGGACACGCCCGCAGCUGCCGCCAUCGCCACCACUGCCCCCGCCCGAGGAGGAGCAUGGGGAGAGGCUGGUAGAACUGCACGCCUCGUUCAGGGAGCUGCUCGCCACCUUCUGCACCAACGCCACCAUCCACGGCACCGUCCGCCUGGUCUGCUCCACAGACAGCCUCCAGACUGCGUCCUGGGCGCUGCCGCCCGUGGGGGCCCUGGGCGUGCUCUGCCGGCAGCUCAGACUCCUCUUUGAACAGCACUGGUGCUACCCGGUCAUCACGACGGUGUCCGUGCGCUCGGGGCGGGGCCAGCGCCAGCUCUUUCCGUCGGUCACCCCGUGCGACGUGGGCCCACACCGGCCGCACCCAGCCCGCCGCCCACUGCGGGUGCUGGACGACUUUACCUGGGAGAACAUCUACUCCCUGUGUGGGUUCAACUUCAGUGAGAGCGUGGACGCCCCUGGGGCCUCGGCCCCGGGCCCCGAGCCCGCCUUCCAGCUAGACCGCGGGAUCCGCCUCCCGAGGCUGAGCCCCCUGGGGGACCAGAACAGAGUGGGCUGCAAACUGGUGAGUGUCCCAGCCCUGGGAGGUCUGCAUGGGACGCGGCAGGUCGGAGCCCCGCGCUGCCCCUGUGCUGCCCAACGUAACAACGCCAGUGGCGACUGCAUCCAGCAGGCCUACUCCUCUGGCGUGGCGGCCGCCCGGGAGUCGUAGCGCUUCCACUGCGUGAACGUUCUGGCCCUGCUGCCCACUGCCCACGAGGACAGCCACCACAGCCGUGGCAGACACUUCGUCUUCUCCUGCCGCUACGACGGCCAGGACCGCCAGGCCCGACACUUCCAGACCUCCCAUCACCCCAGCUACGGCAGCUGCUACACCUUCAACGGUGUCUGGGCCGCGCAGCACCCUGGCAUCACCCACGCUGAGAUCAGCCUGGCCCUCGGGGCAGGGCAGCAGCAGCAUCUCCCUCUGCUGUCCACGGAGGCCGGCAUCAAGGUCCUGAGCCACACGCGUGACCACACGCCCUUCCUGGAGCACCGGGGCUUCAGCGUCCGGCCAGGGACUAAGACCACCGUCGGCAGCCGAGAGGACAAGGUGCACCGGCUCGGGAGCCCCUGUGGGCACUGCACAGAUCGCACGGGGGGCGUGGACGUGCAGCUACUGUACAACACCUCCUGCACCAGGCAGGGCUGCCUGGUCUCCUGCCUCCAGCCACUGACGGUGGAGACCCACUCCUGCGGCUGCUUCUCCGUGCGGCAGCCGGCCGGGGGUAGCCCCACACCCCGCCGGCCUGCGUGGGCUGCGGGGGGUCGCUGCUUCCACCGCCUCUGCGAGGACCUGGAGAUCCACCGGCUCCCCUGCGCCUCCCGCUGUCCCCAGCCUUGCAGGGGAUCUUUGUGCAGGCUCUCCGCGGGGACCUCCAGCCGGCCUUCCUCCAGGUCAGCCGUGAGUCCCGGAAGCAGGGGGAGGGGCGGGCUCGCAGUGGGGCCUCAUGGGCAGAGAGCCCUCCCCGGACUGACCUGUGUCCCCGAGGCCCUGCCCUCACACUGCCCCGCAGCGCCCGGGGAGGAGCCGCGGCCACACACCCCCAGGGAGGGCCCCACCAGCAGGUCCAGGGCCCCGCCCCUCUCACCUGCGCCCCGCCCUGGGAGCAACCUGGCCAAGGUGAACAUCUUCUACCAGGAGCUAAACUACCGCACGGUGGACGGUGGACGGUGGACGAGGACACCCGUCUACUCGGUGCCGCAGCUGCUUUCAGCCACGGGCAGCCUCUGGAGCCUGUGGUUCGGCUCUCGCGUCCUCUCGGUCGUGGAGGUGCUGGAGCUGCUGCUGGACGCCGCAGCCCUCGCCCUGCUGCAGUGCUGCCGCCAGCUCCGCGGGGCUCGGGGCCAGCCCAGGGCAGCCACGGGGGUGCCCGCUCCAAGCCAGAGGCCGGCUGGUGGCCGGGUAGCUGCAGGCAUGACGUCGAACGCCCGGGGGCCCAGCUCCACCUCCCAUGAUGUUGCAGGGCCUCCGGCAGGGGUCUUGGCUGGAGGUCAGCCCGGUAUGGGCCCCGGAAACUCCUGA